UUAAAUACAUUUGUUUUAAAAAUGAAGGUAGCAGCAAAAAAAGUUAAAACGAUGGAUAAAACAAAGCCUAUUAAGGAAGCCAUCAAGAAAAAGAAACCAUCGAAGGUACCAGACAUGGUUAAAAAAGUAGUUAAGCCCAAAAAGAAUAGUUCAGUAGCAACUAAGGAUGACAAGAAGCAGCCCAAGAAAAAGACAGCAAAGGCAAAGAAGUCGCAUCAACAAGAGCUCAAGGGAUUAAAAGAGCUGGAUCCAGAGUUUUAUAAUUUUCUUAAAACAAACGACAAGGAACUGUUGAACUUCAAUGUGUUUGACAGCGACGAUGAUGAGGAAGAUGAAGCAGAAACCGAGAAGCAUGUUGUGGCUGAGGACGACAGUGAUGAAGAGACAGAGAAAUAUCACAAGCCCAGCGACGAUUUGGCUGUGGCGAGCGACGAGAGCGACUUUGAGGAUGAAGAAGAUGCUACAGCUGGCGGAGUACAAAAGAUAACAUUAAAUAUGCUCCGCCAAUGGGAACUGCAGCUGAACAAAACUAAUGUGUCCAUUGACACAGUGCGUCAGGUCAUACAAGCUUUUAAUUCGGCGCUGGCUAGCAUAAGUGCCGAUAACGAAGGCGAGCAGGCCAAUGCGGGUGCCUACAAAGUUGUGGGCGCGGCAGCUUUUAAUGGCGUUAUACAGCUUUGUGUGCUCCAUUUGCAACCGGCAAUUAUACGCGUUCUGGGUGUGAAACCUAACAGCAGUCUGCCGCUGCACAAGCACAAAAAAUGGGUGAAGGUGCGUGGUUGCUUGCGUUACUACUUGGGCGAUUUAAUACGCCUAGUGGAGCAAGUGUCCAGCUCGAAUAUAUUGAAUGUGCUGCUCAAGCAUCUGCAUCAAAUGGCGGGCAUGGUAGCGCCCUUUACAGCGUUGGGCAAGAGCAUACUAAAGCGUCUAAUAGUGCUCUGGGCUACUGGGGAUGAGACAGUCAGAGUGCUUGCUUUCCUGUGUAUUUUAAAGAUUACACGCAAACAACAGGGAACAAUGUUGAAUCAUGUGCUUAAGGCCAUGUACCUCGCCUAUGUCCGUAACUCCAAGUUUGUUUCGCCCAACACACUGCCCGGCAUUAACUUUAUGCGUCGCUCAUUGGUGGAAAUGUUUGCUUUGGACCUAAAUGUCACCUAUCAGCAUGCAUUUCUCUACAUACGUCAGCUGGCCAUACAUUUACGUAAUGCGGUAAUUUUAAAGAAGAAAGACAGCUUCCAAGCGGUCUACAAUUGGCAGUAUGUCAACUCCUUGCGUCUCUGGACGGAUCUGCUGGGCGCCACAGCCAACAAGCCGCAAUUGCAGCCACUUAUCUAUCCAUUGGUUACCAUUACCACCGGUGUUGUGCGUCUCAUACCCACGGCGCAAUAUUUCCCGUUGCGUUUCCAUUGCCUGCAGGCAUUAAUCACGCUGUCCAAGGAGACGCAUACGUAUAUACCAGUGCUACCAUUUAUUGUGGAAGUGUUGCGCAGCAAUACCUUUAAUCGCAAGCACACCACUGUGUCCAUGAAGCCGCUGCAGUUUACUUGUAUAUUGCGUUUGAACAAAGGCCAACUGGCGGAGAAUGGUUUUCGUGAUGAGGUGGUGGAGCAGGUUUGUGGCCUACUCCUGGAGUACUUGGCUCAUGAGUCGGCUGGAUUGGCAUUUAGCGAUCUGGUAGUGCCAGUGAUAAUGGCUAUUAAGGCGUAUCUGAAGGACUGCCGCAAUGCAAACUAUGCGCGCAAGCUGAAACAGCUGCUGGACAAGAUACAGGAGAGCUCACGUUUCAUUGAGCAGCAUCGCGGCAAGAGCAAUAUCAACUUGGAACUAAAGGACACACAAGGCGUUCUGGCCUGGGAGCAGCAGAUUCGCAACAAGCGCACGCCAUUAGACAUUUACUAUGCCAGUUGGCUGAAAACUCACGAGACCAAAAAGAGACGCCAGGCAGCCCAGAGCGAUGACAUUAAUGCCGACUAUGAUGUGCCCAAAUUGAAGCGACCAGCGGCAAAGACUGGUGUUCCCAAGCGCAAUGAGCAAGGCGAACUGGAGCUAUUCCCAUCGGAUUCGGAAGAUGAUGAUGAUGUGGAUAUGCCGCUUGACGAAAAUGACGAUUCUCAAGAAGAGGAAGAAAUAGAAGAACCACAACCCAAGAAAUCCAAGCGUAAACAGGAGCAAAAACAGCAGCAACAACAAGAAGCGCCCACUGAGCCUGCAGAUGAUUACGAUGAAGCUGGAGCGGCCGUAGACAUAGUAAAAGAUUUAGACUUGAAUGAUUGGUAAAUUUCAUGAAAAUAUGCUAUAAAUAAAUCUUUAUAUUAUUAACAAGUA